UCGCCACCCUUUUUCCCCAUCCGCACCUGUGAGUGACCAGGCGGCGACCCCACCUCCGGGCUCCAGCCAUUCCCCCAUCCAGCGGCAACGGCGAUGGCGGCGGCAACUCCACCCCACAUUCCCGAUAUCUCAACUGGCCAGUGUGAACCUGUGAGCCGGAGCUCCUACGCGCCAAAUCCUUCCUCCAUGGAGCACUGCGACGGGGAGAUCGCCGCGAAGCUCUCCAACGGCGACGGCAGCGAGGACCGCCUCAGCGCGGUUCCCGACGACCUUCUUAUCCACAUCCUUCUCAAGCUUCGCGACGCUGCCGUCGCCGCUCGGACCAGCGUCCUCUCCAGCCGCUGGCGCCGCGUCUGGACGCUACUACCAGAGCUCCACUUCCCCCCCGAGAGUGACCCUCAGCGCAUACGCCUCGCCCUCGUCACCCAUGAAGCGCCGGCCCUCAGCCGCCUCGACGUGCGCGUCAUGGAAGCCAGUCACACGACCCCUGAGUCCAUGGCGGCCUGGCUUCCCAUCGCCGCACGCCGCAUCUCCGGCGAUUUACUCCUCGUAUUGCAGACCAACAUAUCAGACUACGAGGUCUGGGAAAGAGGCGCCCUUGAGCUGCCAUGCUUCGAGAAGGCCACCUCGAUCACCCUCGAACUAGAGGGUCUUGCCUCACGAUGCCGCCUUCCGGCAUAUUCGCCCGGCUCACCAAUCUCCACCUAGGUUGCAUCCGGCUACGUGGUCCGAGCAUGCUCGGCGAGGCUGUCUCCUCGCCGCGCUGCCCGACGUUACAGAAACUGACUCUCAGUGGUACCUCGGGUCUGGGCAACUUGACCAUUCACUCGGAUUCUCUCUUGGAAAUGACACUGACGCGCGUGCACGGCUUGCAGCAGCUCAAUGUCACAGCGCCGGCACUCAAACAGUUAGAAGUGCUGUCCUGCUUUACUAAAGGUAGGAUGAUUUUGAUCCUACCGGUUGCAAACAUCUCCGCCCCUCAGCUGGAAUCCCUAAUGUGGUGGGAUGAUUAUGAUCCAAAGUUCACCCAGCUCGGCAAGAUGGAAAAUCUACAGUGCCUGAGCACCUUCCCUUUUACUGUAUAUGAAGAAACUGACUAUGUACGCGAGUUACAGAAUAGGUACUGUACGAGGCUUUUGCGGCGCUUUGAGCUCAUCCACAGUCUCAGAUUCCAACUUGUGAAUGAUCUGGAGGACAUUAUUACUAACCAACAGUACCUGAUGGAAGACAUUACCAGGCUCCCAGAUAUUACAUUCAUGUUCCCGGAUAUAACGGGAAACGGGCAUUCCUUUGGACCCAGUUCAUUCCAUCUUCUCAGGAUGUGUACUGGUUUGAGAAAGUUGUCUCUUACAUUUUGUGGCACAACUAGACGCCCGGAGACCCUGUGCCCAUCAGGUUGUGUUUGUGAUCAGCCACCAAGCUGGAAAACCAAAGAACUCGCGCUGAAUUGCCUCCGAGAAGUAGAAGUCUGUAACUUGAUAGGAACUGAACAUGAAGCUGCUCUUGUAGAACGGUUAUUCGUUUGGGCAACAGUGCUACAAAAGAUGACAGUAACUUUCCAUUGCUCAGUCGCUGAAAGCAAGGCCAAGGAGUUCUGCCAGAUGCUUCAAAGUUUCUCUAGGCCAGAAAUAUCUAUGAAGGGGCAACAUUUUGCCUAAUCUACUCAUACCAAAGUUUACCAUGGACCGAUCUUGUCGGAAACUCCAGGUGCACCGCAGGGCCUCCGAGAAUGCUUUGCAAGCUUGUUUCAUGUGCUGGUGCUGGUACCUGGUGGUCAUUUUGUACUUCUCAUCUCGGUAUAAAUUGCACUACUUGUGAACUCCAGUGUGUAAGUUACAGGAUAUUUCCUUCAGAGAUGUUGCAGGAUGUAUAAGUUGCACCCUUUGCAUGUGGAUGUUGUCACCAUCAGAGCUUUAAUUUUUCUUUCUUUUUUAUA